UUAUUAAGAGAGUGUAUGCUGCAAAUCUUCCAUUUUUUGAAUCGAUUACAUUAUUUAUUUCUGCCCAUUUUUUAAUAUUCAUCCAUAUAUAUUUUAAUUUUGGCUCUAUUUCUGUUAACAUUCUUAUGUGAAGACUAUUUAUUACCCCAGUUUCGUUCUCUAUUGUUAUUUGGAUUGUUAUUCUAUUACUUUCUUUCUCUAUCUGCAUUUCUAAUAAAGGGAUUUUUGCCUGUAUUAUUAAAUUUUCUUUAUGAACUUUAUCUGCCCCAUACUUUAUUUUAAGCUCUUUUGCAAUUUUCUUUAAUAAUAUUCCUAUAUUCUUUAUAUCUGAUUCAAACACUGCGAUGUCUAUAUCUGACUUUUGAGUACAUAAAUUACUAAGUGUACUCCCAAAUAACUGUAUCUUUAUCUCUAUUCUUUCUUCCAAAAACUUUUUAAUUUCAUAGUAUUCUUUUUCUAGUAUAAUUUGCCAAUUUUCAUCUACUAUUUCCUUUGCGUUUUUCUCUAUUAGCUUAUUUAACAUUAUCUCUUUAUCUAUUAUCCUUAUUUCUUCUAAAAAAUUUUGUGGCAGACAAUAUUUUUCUUUAAUUUGAUAAUUUUCCUCCAAACCUUUUGAUGUGUUGCUGGUACUUUGACUAUAUACUUCUUCAUCCAAACUUCCUUUACUUGAGCCUGCUCUAUUAUAUUUUAUUUCUCUAUUUAUCCCUUCUUUAUUAUUUUCUUCUUUUUUCUCCCAAAAAUUUUUAUUCGAUUCUUUACCUUCCUCCCAAUAAUUCUUCUUUGUAUUUUUAUUGAAAUAUUCAUAAUCUUCUUUUUCAUA